AUGAGCACCCGAGCUAGAGGUGAGCGCCCUUAUCAGGGAAGAGUUCGAGGUGGAUGGAGAGGGUGGAGAGGUGGCAGGACCGGGAGGCCAUCAGCACCUCCAACUCCACCUCCACCUCCGCCACUAGGCGACCUUCUUGCGACAAUUCAAGACGACGAUCUUGAAGACGACACAUCUGAAUCUCAUUCUCUUGUUCAAAUCACCAAUACGCAAUAUUUGACCUCCUAUAACUGGGUCAGUGGAGGACACUCCGAGAUCAUCGUUCCAGGUGAGCCUCCAGAAUGGACGCCGCUUCCCAAGGCUGUUUCUCUGAGUGAAGACUCCGGCGUCUACUUUCGUGACUUGAAUUCGGCACGGCAUCCUACAUAUCCGCUAGAGCCCAUGAUUCGAGCCAUACUGAGGGACCGACCGGAUUUUGGUGUCAAGAAUGUGGAUAUUGUGGGCUGUGGAAGCACACUGGGCAAUCUGCUGAGAUUUGCACGCGGCCAAAGCCCUGCUUUUAGAAUGCUGAUUGAGGUCGUUGGGAACACAGUCUUCUUUAGCAGAAGGGAGAAUUCACCCAAGGAAACCCUCCAGGGUGUCUUUGGGUUUGGACACACCUUUCCAGAAGCAUACACAACAUGGAGCCAAGGCGUUCGCAAGUCAGAGUCUCAUCAACGACUCAUCAACUUUGAGUUUGCUAACUUAAACUGCGUGGUGCGGUUCGAAGCUGACGGAUACCUUCCUGACUUACUCCCCGACGAUCUGAAGACCCAGAAGGGCACUAUCUCCAGCAAAAGCGUUACGGAGCCUGAGGAGCUCUUGGAGUCUAUCCAAGCGGCGAUGAUCUCCACGAUUCACUCAGGCAUCUCCCAGCAGGAGUCGAAUGCUCUGAAAAUCUCCACGGGGGUCGCUAUAUUCCACAAUAUGGGCCGAUUGUGGAUCAGACAGAUUCCUAACUUCAUACUCGCAUAUCACAAAUUGGGGAAGUUCGAUGAUAUCCGAGUCCAGGAUGUGCGAGAGGAAAUGAAGCAUUGGGAGGAAUCUGAACAGCCGAGCUUGCGGAAGUUCGCCAAUUUACUGCAGAUGAUUGUAUCCUUCGUUCGUAGCGCAGAGGAUGGAAAGCUUGAAAUCGAACAUGGUGAGGAUGAGGAAGUUCUGAAUUUUCGCUCUCCUGGUGGAAUUGUCAGCAGCGUGUUGCCGCUAGAUUUGGAGGAUACUUGGGAUGCCCAUAAUAGCUCGAAUCUAGAGUCAUAA